AUGUUCAAACUCACACCUCGCGUAGCCAAACAGAGCGCAACAGGUCCCUUCUCAAGACUAUUGUCGUCUACUUCCGCAGGCGGUCUAAAGAACAAGGUGCGUGUAGAGACCGAUGCUUUCGGAGAAAUCGAAGUCCCUAGCGACAAGUACUGGGGUGCUCAAACCCAAAGAUCACUUGAAAACUUCAAGAUAGGUGGUGCCCGUGAACGUAUGCCGGAACCUUUAGUCAGAGCGUUUGGUAUCUUGAAGAAAUCUGCUGCUAUCGUCAACGAGUCCUACGGAACUUUGGACCCAAAGAUCUCAAAGCCAAUUCAACAGGCCGCUGACGAGGUAAUUAGCGGCAAGCUGGUUGACCAUUUCCCAUUGGUGGUUUUCCAAACGGGGUCUGGUACCCAGAGUAACAUGAACGCCAAUGAAGUGAUCUCCAACAGAGCCAUCGAAAUUGUAGGCGGUGAAAUUGGGUCGAAGUCGAUCCAUCCAAACAACCACUGCAACCAGGCUCAAUCCUCCAAUGACACGUUCCCAUCUGUCAUGCACAUCGCUGCCGUCACCGAGAUUACCAACCUAUUGCUUCCCGAAUUGACUGCUCUUAGAGACUCAUUUGCCAAGAAAUCUGAGGAAUUUGAACCUAUUGUUAAGAUUGGUAGAACCCAUUUGCAAGACGCUACUCCCCUUACUUUGGGUCAGGAAUUUAGCGGUUAUACCCAACAGUUGACUAACGGUAUCACCCGUGUUGAACAAUCCUUGCACCACUUGAAAUAUUUGGCUCAAGGUGGUACCGCUGUCGGUACUGGCUUGAACGCCAAGAUUGGUUUUGCUGAAAAGGUCGCCGAACAGGUCAGCAAGGAAACGGGCAUCGACUUCAAGACUGCUCCUAACAAGUUCGAGGCUUUAGCUGCCCACGAUGCCGUCGUUGAAUGUUCAGGUGCUUUGAACACAUUGGCGUGCUCGCUUUACAAGAUUGCCAACGAUAUUAGAUAUUUGGGUUCUGGUCCUCGUUGUGGUUACGGUGAGCUUUCAUUGCCAGAAAAUGAGCCAGGUUCUUCGAUCAUGCCUGGUAAGGUCAACCCAACCCAGAACGAAGCAAUGACUCAACUUUGUGUCCAAGUGAUGGGUAACAAUGCUGCUAUCACUUUUGCCGGUGCCUCUGGUCAAUUUGAGCUUAACGUUUUUAAGCCAGUCAUGAUCUCCAACCUCUUGAGCUCCAUCAGACUUUUGGGUGAUGGCUGUCACUCUUUCAGAGUGCACUGCGUUGAUGGUAUCGAAGCAAACAAGGACAAGAUUGCCAAGCUUCUACACGAAUCCUUGAUGUUGGUCACUGCUUUAAACCCAAAGAUUGGCUACGAUGCCGCUUCAAAGGUUGCCAAGAACGCUCACAAGAAGAACAUAACCCUAAAGGAAUCUGCUUUGGAGCUAGGCGUCUUGACUGACGCCGAAUUCGACCAAUGGGUUGUUCCUGAGAACAUGGUGGGCCCUAAAUAA